AUGUGGCGCUCGCCGGAUAUGCGUAGCUCUCAAAGGGUACUGUCAGGCUGUUUGCUCAUGAUUGUGAAAUCCCUGGCCUUUGCCAGGAAUCUCUUGACCUUCAUCAUCGCCGUCGUCUUCUUGCCGAUCAGGUCAGUGACGAGCUUCAACAUGUUCGGGACGAAGCUCCCUCGGAACUUCAUUGACCAUUACGAACAUGCGGGUGGAAAAGAUCCUUUGAGCAAGGAUCAGCUUCAGAAAGAUUUGGAGCACCUUCAUCAAGCCGCUCAACAAGGCUUCAUGCUGGCAACUCCGCAAAAGGCAGCUCUGCUUCCAGUGGGCCUUUUUGAAAGGACUUCAUCGUCUCUCAUGGUGGUGCAAGAAACAGUGAAAGAGAUGGGCGUGUUGCAAGGCAUGGCUACAGUGUUCUCGGGUCUUCUCGACGCGGAGAAGAAGCAUGAGGACAUGCAAGAGCAAGAGCUUGGGAAACUUGAGGAGUUGACACGGAGUGCUGCGCAAGCGGCAGAGUCGAUGCAAAAAGACAGGCAGAAGAUCCUUGACCAGCAAAAGAUGCUGAGCCAGCAGCAGAAGGAAACCCAGAAAAACAUUGACGAGAACCGCCGCCAAGAAGCGGAUCUCCAGAAGAAGAGGGAAGAUCUCGAGAGGUUACGGGUCCAAGAACAGGAAGCCCGAAGAAAGUUGCAAGAGGAACAGCGCCGAUCAUGGUCCUUUUCUGCCCGCGGUGAUCCCAUUAUUUGCCCUGAAGACUCCGAGGGCAAUCUUGCUGAAGAGUUCUGCAGGGACUACAAAGGGCCUGCGACAGUGAUGUGCUUCGACCGGGUUGGUAACCUGCAAAGCAUUGACUUCGUGGGCGUGUGUGACGAGAACGGUCAACAUUGUCAAACUCCAGAUGCGUGGUGGGUCGGUGAGCAGUGGAGGUUCACUGUGGCCAGCCGCAGCUGGAAGUACCGGAACGUAAGUGGACAACAUGUCGCCGAUGUCUCCUGUGCUGGAAAUUGGACGUCCGAGUCACAACCUUCAGCCAUGCCAGAGGCUGAGUGGCUCAGUGCCUUCCGUGGGGGGCACAGCUUCAUGCUCGGCAGCCGCGCAUCAGUGAUGGGCCCUCCUUCGACUUCGUCUGGCGCGCGCUGA